AAUUUUUGACCUCUCUCUCUCUCUCUCUCUCUCUCUACGUCCCAAUCUGCAUCUCCAUCCAUUCACCAUCAUCAUCACAUCAAAACAUAGACAAAAUUCCAAACAGAAAUCGGGAAAACCAUACAAAAGAACGAAAGAGAGAGAAGAAGGAAUAAAAUCGCGAUCGAAUCUCGAUCCAUAUCGAUCGCGUUUUGUUCGUCUCUCAUCUCCUUUCUCCUGAAAUCGAGAUUUCUUGAAUCCUCUUUCCGUAUUCCGAUUUUCCAUGGAUUCUGAUCUCUGGAAUUCCCGCCUCGCUGCUGCAAAACGGCAGUACUCGCUGCAGCACCACCAAAACUCCCAUUUAGAUCGGUUGUGCAUCGAUGAUUUUGAAGUCGAAGAGGAGGCUCGGCCUGAUCUCCCCUGCCCUUAUUGCUACGAAGACUAUGACAUCGCCUCUCUAUGCUCGCAUCUCGAAGAGGAACAUCCUUCCGAAUCCAAAGCCACAGUCUGUCCCGUUUGCUCUGUUAAGGUUUCACGAGAUAUGCUGAAUCAUAUUACGCUGCAACAUGGUCACCUGUUUAAGUUGCAGAGGCGUCGACGACUACGUAGAGUUGCUAUUCCUAACAGUCAGGCACUGUCUCUACUUGCUAGAGACCUUCGUGAGGCCCAUCUGCAGGUGCUUUUGGGUGGCAGUGGAUAUCGUUCAAGCAACACCAAUGCAUCAAAUGCAGUCCCUGAUUCAUUGCUUUCACAACUUGGUUUGAAUUUCCCUUCAUCUGAAGCAGAAGAAAUUUCAAAAUAUGCUGUUUCCAAUUCUGAGGAUGCUAUCACAAAGAAUGUGGCAACUCCGCAUAUUUGGAAAUCAAGUUUUGACGCUUCACUGAGUCAUGAAGAGAGGGAACAGAAGAUGAGACAGGCUACUGUGAGAGCGACAUUCAUGCAGGAUCUACUUCUCUCCACUCUGUUCUGCGACUAGAUGAAGGAAGGACAUGCAAUCUAAUGGUAAACUUGGCUACUUGGCGAUUUCGAUUGGCUACGGAAGGCAGUGCUGGGGUCCUAAUUAUUAUGUCUUGUAUGAUAUGGGACAACCCAAGUUGGAUGUCUCUCUUGACCCAGUCAUGGUUCCGCACGUCCAUUUCUGCUGCCCCUUGGGAGUUGUAGGUCCAAAAAAGUGGAUGGUCUACAAGUAGUCGAUUCUUGACCUAUCUUGAUCUCUCUCAUGAAUUCGCAUACGUAUAUGAUAACUUAUUUUGAUGCAAUUUAUUAGCUGCUAGUAAUGCAUGAAGUUGGAUUAAAAAUCUUGUAGCCUGAUUUGGGAUUCUAUUGGACAGCAUUUUGAACAGUAUCAGAUGGUAAUAAUACAUGUCACUUGAACAAUUGGAUAACCUUAUAUAAAUCCCCGAUAGCAUAUAAUCCAA